AUGGACUUAACGGAAGUCUCUCUUGAAGUUAUGGAGAAUUGGCAUUCAAUAGCCGCUACAUUAACACUUGCAGCUGCUGUACUUGAGGCUGGCGGCCAUGUAGCAUGCAUCGAUAUCCUUCCUUCACCAUCUGAACUCGAAUGGACAUCUCUCCAAACCAUGGCGAAAUCCGCCAAUCUCACCGUCUCAUAUCACCAAUGCGAUAUCAUUCUCGAAGAUGAAAUCUCAGCUACUCUAGAUCUUAUUGCAGAUGCCGGCUCUAAGCUUGGUGCUCCGUUCCAAGGGACUAUUGCCUGCGCCGGCAUCCAGCAAAAAAUACCGGCAGUGGAAUAUCCGGUUGAUGGCUUCAGACGGGUCAUGGAUGUCAAUGUAACCGGAACUUUCUUGACCGUCAAGCACUCGGCUAGAAUCUUCAUGGCCGAGGGGACGAAGGGGAGCAUGAUUAUGAUUGCAUCUAUGUCGGGCCAAGUCGCAAAUAGGGGUUUGACAUGUCCUGCAUACAACACUUCAAAGGCAGCUGUGCAACAGAUGUGUAGAUCUGUUGCUCAGGAAUGGGGUGUUCAUGGUAUCAGGAUAAACACUCUAUCUCCAGGAUAUAUUAGGACAGCGAUGACGGACGGGCUUCUUGCUGCUGAGCCAGAGGUGGAGAAGACAUGGAUGGCAGGUGCUUUGUUGGGUCGACUUGGGGUACCUGAGGAUUUUAAGGCUCCCGCUGUGUUUUUACUUGCUGAUGGUAGCUUAUGGAUGACCGGUGCAGAUCUUCGAGUCGAUGGGGGACAUCAGUGUAGGCAUUAG